GGAGCGAGCAGCGAGCGGCGCCCGCCCCGCGCUCUCCGGUGCCCCCCGCCCGCCGCCGCCAUGCUGGCCGCCGCCGCGCUCCUCCGCCGCUGCGCCGUCUCCGGCCUCCGCGCCGCCGCCCGGCCGCCCGCCCGUCCCGCAGCUAUAUUGCAUGCCCGCUGCUACUCUCAUGGGUCACAAGAAUCAGAUGAAGAAUUUGAUGCUCGCUGGGUGACAUAUUUCAACAAGCCAGAUAUUGAUGCCUGGGAGCUAAGGAAAGGCAUAAAUACACUUGUGGGUUAUGACCUGGUUCCAGAACCAAAAAUCAUCGAUGCCGCUUUGAGAGCCUGCAGACGGCUAAAUGACUUUGCCAGUGCAGUCCGCAUCUUAGAAGCUGUAAAGGACAAGGCAGGACCUCACAAGGAAAUAUACCCUUAUGUCAUCCAGGAACUUAGACCAACUUUGAGUGAACUGGGAAUCUCUACUCCAGAGGAACUGGGCCUGGACAAAGCAUAAACCUUCUUGGUGGAUUACUCAUGCAUUUUACUGAUGCUCUCUGAUUGUACACAGUCAUCUGGAGACACAAAUGUUAAAAUAUUACCUUAUUUGAAAUAACUUUUCUUCCUUUAUUGAGUCACAAUGUAUGUGAUGUGAAAUUGGACCUAAUAAAGGAAAAACUGUUUUGACUGA